UGGCCUCGUACCUGAGAAUAACACACGGUGUUAAUUGUCAAUUCUGUCUGAAAAUUACACUGAGUGUUAUUUCCACAUUCUGAGGCUGCUGCUUACAUGGGGCUAGGUGGAUACGGCCGCAGAAUAAUUGGACCGCCAUUGCAACGCCUACUUUUGUAGGCCUACACUGAAUGGCCUACUGGAAGGAAAAUUUGCCAUAGUUUGGAUAAAGUAAAUUAACAUCUUGUCAUCCGAUUGGAAUGAAUUGUUGGGUAAAAUGGGAAUAACAGUGUUAAAUUUUAUUCCAUAUGGUCCAGGACAUUUACACAUUGCCUCAGCGACAAUUGUAGAAACUGUGAAUACCUGAGGACCAGAGCUGUAAUUAAGGACACAUUAACAAUACAUCAUAAAAUAAACACAGUUUCUAAAGCUUACAUGCAGGGUAUAAAAUACUGGGCAGCAGUAGAACAUUUUCAGACCAUUGUACGGCCACUUAUUUCGUACCAGCUAUCACUGCACGGCGUUCUAUACUAUCGGUGUAGCUCCUUAUUUUCCUGUUUUGAGGAUUUGCAAUAGAAAUGGACUUAAACCUGUAUUUGGACACAGAUUUAGAUGACAGCUCAGAUGAAAUAGAUCUUGAAGGACCACCCGGUGAAGCUAUUAAACAAGGCCCAAUAAAGAAAUGCACAAAUUGUGAGACCAUUGCAGCAGUGGCUAAAAAAAUAUGUACCAACUGUAAGCAGCCUUUUUUAAAAGCAAAGAGUGGUCCAGAAACAACACUCAAGUCUACCAACGUUACUCGAAUGAAAAAGUAUAUUAAGAAAUAUGCUGACACAAUGGCCAGAAAUUCUGCAUAUGAUGUUGUGAUUUUGUAUGGCUCUCAUCAUACCAGGAGAUUAAAGACGGGGAAGGAAGCUACUGUGUUUGACAUAGCAACUUAUGCAACAAGUGGCUUUGGCACCCAUUUCAUUGGUGAAGGUGGAUGGAAGUCCAGACCUGAUGCAGGUCUUAAAGUGAUGAAGCUUUUUAAAACCUCAAUGGAAGCCUACUAUGGUUCGGCUGAUGUCAAUGACAGAAACGAAGACACAAUGGCAGUUCUUAACAUGAAUGACACAGAUGUAGCUGACGGAGCUGGCGGAGCUGGCGGAGCUGGCGGAGAGGAAAGGGGAACAGCUGUCGACGUGAUUUACACAGAUGUAGCUGACGGAGCUGGCGGAGCUGGCGGAGAGGAAAGGGGAACAGCUGUCGACGUGAUUUACACAGAUGUAGCUGACGGAGCUGGCGGAGCUGGCGGAGAGGAAAGGGGAACAGCUGUCGACGUGAUUCACACAGAUGUAGCUGGCGGAGCUGGCGGAGAGGAAAGGGGAACAGCUGUCGACGUGAUUUACACAGAUGUAGCUGACGGAGCUGGCGGAGCUGGCGGAGAGGAAAGGGGAACAGCUGUCGACGUGAUUCACACAGAUGUAGCUGGCGGAGCUGGCGGAGAGGAAAGGGGAACAGCUGUCGACGUGAUUUACACAGAUGUAGCUGACGGAGCUGGCGGAGCUGGCGGAGAGGAAAGGGGAACAGCUGUCGACGUGAUUCGUACAAAGAGAAAGAUUGGAAAGUUUUUGCCAAGGGUUACUUUGUCCAAAGCAAAAAAACGCAAAGUUUUAACGGGAAAAAUUGAGUCAGAAUGGAAGGAAUUUAGGGGACGCAAAGCCCGGAUAUUUUGGCCGCCGAUAACAGAAGGGAUAAGCGAUAGUUGGGGGAAUAAGUUCUGGCAUUGCGAAUUCGGCGAAGAAACAAAGAAUGAAGUUGAUGUUUGCUAUAAUGGUAUGUUUACAGCAAUUGAUGGCACUGAGGGGUUUAGCAGUGACGGAAAGUGCACGAUAAGAUCAGCAAAGGCCAACCUUUUAAAGGAUUGGGAAAUUUUACUUGUAGAGUAACUGUGAAGCAAAGUGAGUUAUCAAUACUUGGACAUUGGCUACUAAAGUCAAUUUAAUUUAUUCCUGCCUUACUGUUCGUACAUAUCAUAAAAAGCAGAGUUAAUAUCGACUCGCAAUACAUUUGGCAUCGAUCGAAUCUCAGGAUCAUAGUCUGUGCACCUCUCCAUAAUUUUCUUUAAUUUAUAUAGGACAUAGUCUGCUACUGGCAGUCUUCUCGCUAAUAUUCUGCGCAUAAUGACGCCAUAAGAAAACACAUCACUUUGAAAGGAAGGUCGGCUUUUUCUUGCAAUGACCUCUGGAGGGAAAUGAUCAAUUUCUUUGAAUUUCUCCAACGCCUCUUUCGAUAGCAGCUUUCCCACUGAGUGUCUGCAUGCAAAGGCGAACCCAAUAAGAACGGGUCUAUACCCAUCACCGAACUGUGGGAGCAGAAUGUUCCCACAUCUUAUGUGGUUAUGGAGAACGUCUUUCUCGUGAAGAAAAACAAUGGCCGCACAAAUUCCUUCAACGACCGAUUGCACUGCUGCCUCACUACCGAAUACAUCAUUUUGAAGAAACUGUCUGAGUGAUAAAUUCCCUUCGUAUUUCAGUGCAAUGUGGAAAGCCCCUCUAAUUUGUACGAUGCCAUAUGGAAACGUAAUAUUUGGAUGUUUUCCAAGAUAUUUCAGCAAACGAGCCUCAUGGCUGACAAACUGGAGACUCUUAACAUCAGCAUCUUUCCCUUCCCAAAUAUGGUACCUCUUAAGUGUCACUGGUGUCCCAUCUGAAAGGCUAGCCAAAGUAGUUUUUGAAAAUACCCCCUUUUCGUACUUUUCAGUAGCUACCAAAACAUUGAGAAAGUUGUUGCUGUCUAAAACAGAGACGGGUGUCCCUUGUAAUAAAGGGUCACUUCUGUGAGAGAAAUCGGCAAACAAGGAAGCGUCAACUAUUAUGGUCGAUCGCAUGCCGACAUACUCCUUUAUUUUCGUAUAUGUCCAUUCUGCAUCUCUAAGCUGCAUGGCAGAAUUUUGCUCCUUUACCAUGGCCAUUCGGUGUUCGAGAGCUUCCAUUUGCCUCUCUUUCCUUGACACUUUUUUUUUGAGCUCCUCAUUUUCGGAAGCCAACUGAUGCUCCCUGUAUUUCCUCUUUUCCUUUGCCCUUGAAGUUUCCUCAAGCUUCAAUGCGAGUGCCUCUAUUUCUUCGUCCCUCACCAACAGUUCUUCCGUGAGCUGUUUGUUCUGCUGAUUCAAUGUAUGGAAUCCAUCCACUGUAUUCUCACCCGGUUCUGGCUGCGCUUGAAGAAAUGUAUCACACUGUAAUUCAAAAAAUAAGAUAAUAACUUAAAUUAGUUUUUAAAAAUGCGUCUAUUGACAUUAAAGAAGCAUUUACCCAUUAAUUUACAUCGAAUGAAUAUUCCGAGACAUCACAUCUCUUUUAAUGAACAAAUGUGAAUCGCUACAAUGCAAACAUUUAAUUAUUUAUUGUCUUAAUUAUUUCAUUAUUUUUCUACUUUUGUUUUAUUUGAGUCUAUUGAAAUAUUUUAUAACGUGGUAGAGGAAUGUAAAUAUGUAUGUAAGGCAUCAGGGAACCUCAAAUGCUUUUGAUUCAUUAUUUUGAUUUUUUAUAAAAAGACCCUAGCAAUUGUACAUGAUACUUAUGUUUUUUAAUCAGUUUAGAAAAACUCUUCUUUGAAAAGAAAAUUUUUGAAGUACUUUGAUGACGUUGAAGAUGUUGAUUAACUUGUUCGCUCAGUUUGUCAAGAGUAGCGCAUCGACGAGUAAGCCAUUUUUGUUGUUAACAAUGAUAUUAUUUAAACGAAACAAAA